GGGCAGGAGAGGCUGUGAUAACGACAGAUGUCUCACAAACCGGGGGUUUAACAGGAGGGGUGAAAGAAGAAAAAAACGCCCAGUCGCAUAUUGGACCUCAGGGAGAGAGUAGGACUGGCUCUGACUGAAUCACAUUCACUACUACAGGAGAAAAGAAAGUACAUUCAACGCGCUCUUUCACGCGGAUUUCAACAGAAACUGAGAGACAGGACAUCAUGGGAGGCAAGUUAAGCAAACGGAAGAAGGGAUACGAUGUCAGUGACCCUAAAGAGAAGAAAGAGGAGAGUGCUGUGGCAGCAGUUGAACCAUCUGAGAAGGCAGAGAGCCCUGUGACUGAGGCGGAGGCUGCACCACAGGAGGCUGCAGCAGUGAGUGCAGCAGCACCAGUGCUGGAGUCUAAAGCACCAGCUGAGAAAACCGCAUCUCCUUCAACAGCACAAGCAGAGGAGAAGAAGGAUGAUGCAGCACCAGAAAAACCAGUGGCUACAACAGAGGCAUCUACUGCUGCACCUAAGGAACCAGCAAGUGCUCCAGAGGAACCGGCAGCUGUAAAGCCAGCAGCUGUGUCAGAGUCACAAGCUACAGAGGUACCGGCCUCUGCAUUAGCAGCGACAGCAGUAGAGACAAAAGCUGCUAUACAAAAGGCACCGGCAGCAGAGGUACCAGCAGCUGCAGUAGAGACACCACCAUCAGCUGCACCAGAGGCAUUAGCAGCUGAGAAGACUUCAGCUGCACCUAAGGAACCAGCAGCUGAGGAACCGACAGCUGCACCAGAGGCAUCAGCAGCUGAGAAGACUUCAGCUGCACCUAAGGAACCAGCAGCUGAGGAACCGACAGCUGCACCAGAGGCAUCAGCAGCUGAGAAGACUUCAGCUGCACCUAAGGAACCAGCAGCUAAGGAACCGACAGCUGCACCAGAGAAACCACUGACAAAAGAACCUGCAGCUGCACCUGAGGAACCAACAACCGCACCAGCAGCAGAGGAAUCUGCAGCUACACUCCAGGAACCGGCUGCUGCACCAGAGACACCAGUGACAGAGAAACCUGUGACUGCAACAGAAGAACCAGUGAAGACACCAGUGAAAGAAGAACCUCCAACAACACAUGAAGAACUUGAGAAUGUGGCAGAGGCACCAGUGGCAGAGGAACCGAUAACACUAUUUGAGAAACCAACAGCUGUGGCCGAGCCACAUGCAGCUGCACCUGAGGAACAUGCAACUGUCCCCAAAGCUGAGGAAUCUGCAGCUGCACCUGAGGAUCCUGCCCCUGUGCCAGAGGUGCCUGUAUCAUCACCUCAACUUGCAGCUUCGCCAGUAGAACCUAUCACAGAGGAGGCAGUAGAGAAGGUGGUUGAGGAGGUUGCAAAUGUCAGUGAAACCAUAGAGGUCACACCAGAACAGGAGGCAGUCACUGAGGCAGUAGCUCCAGAGUCAGUCGCCGAGUCUACCCCAGUGCCUGAACCUGUUUCCGAGGCAUUGAGUGCGGCAGAGGUCGAGAAAGCUGUGCCUUCCCCUGAAGAAACCCCAACAGUCACAGAGCCUGAAUCUGAAACUGCUGCACUUCCUGAGGUCACACUAACAGAAGCAGAUCCCGAGCCACCCGCAGAGCCAACACAACCUGAACCUACGACAGAGCAAAAGAUUGCAGAGGAGUCUAUUCCCACAAUUGUCAUCUUGGAAUCAACCUCGACCAAUGAGCUCUGCCUUGAGGAAACUGCCCCGACUGUCAUAGAAGAGAAGCUGAAUAAUGGAGACUGUGAGAGUUCUGGCUCAGCAGAGGAAUCUGUGUCAGCUCCCCCUGAGGUAAAUGGGGAGUGCCAUGAGCAGGCACCAGACAUAGGCUCUUUGGAUGUCCUUGGGUCCCCGGUUGAGGCAUGUGUAAAUGGUGUGAAGGACAAAGAACCCCCUCAAGUGCUGAGUGACUGUGAAAUGAAAAAGGACUUGAGUUUGGAUGCUGACUUUCAGGUUCCAGCUAUGAUUGGCGACAUGGUAGAGGUGCCACAGUGAGUCGAUUUAAUCUGAGAAACAAACCUUAAAUGUGAAUCCCAUAUUGAUGCAAACAAUGAAACAAUCGUCUGACAACACGGGCUUUCUGAAAAUAAAUGUGAAAAAUGCCUGUUGUGUUCUCUCAGGCAAAGGAAUUUCUGGUUAACCAAAAAGAAAUACAACCACCCAAGAGCUAAGUGUGAGAAACAAAAUAAGAAUGAAACAGUGAGGGUGAAAGCCUAAAAGGAAAUGGGAGGGAGGGAGAGAGAGAGAGAGCGGAUGGUCUUUGAAGUCUUUGUGGCCGGUGUCCUGCUGUCAUUGCAGAGGGUGAGCUUGCAGGCCUGGCUGAAUAUGUAAACCAGAGAGAUGAUGAUUACAUAUGAACAGAACAUAAAAUAAAAAACAAGAUGGCAAAACAGAAAUGCACGACAGUAACAAUGGUAAAAAUGAUUUGAAUGAACAGAAUCAUCUUUUGUGUUUGAGCCUGAUGCAUAUUAAAAUGGUUUAUUGGAUUAGCAUUUAAUAGUAUAUAAUCCAAUUUAGACCACAUUUCUGUCACCAUGUAAUACAGAGAUUUGAGGAUGAAGCAUUUUGAAAUUUUCAUGUUGGGAGAAUCAGUGAGUAAUGUUCAUUUUAACUUAAUGGCUUGGCUUAGAAAAUAAAACACUCUGUUAUACCUUAAAAA